UCUCAGAGUAUACACACCGCUCAAGAGAGGGUAACCACAUCUCAGGUGGUGUAUAACUAAAUACUGAAGUUAACGAAAGCGCUUUUCUUUCGUGACUGACUACAAGUCUGGACAGAGCGGGAGAAGCGUUCUAAAGAACGUUCAGCUUCGCUCACGAAACAGAAUAUUCUUCAGCGUGACAAGGAGGAGCGCUUUCAAGUUCUGAAGUUUUGACUUGGUUCUGGGACACGCGACCGCUCCGCAGAAUAGAAGUUUAGAAAAGAAAAGGACGUUGCCGCUAUCGCGAAGAACUUCUACUGAGAACAUUUCGCCUAAAACUAGUUAAAUAAGGAACGAGGAAAUAAAACAAUAUUGUGCAGAGACAUUCUAACGCGAGUAGGUGGUUUGUUUUCUAUGUCUACCAAGAUGGAAACUACUUUUUAUGAUGACUCGCUGAACGCUUUUUCUCAGCAUGAUAACACGGGUUAUGGAUACAACCAGAAGCCACUGAAACACAACAUGACACUGAACCUCGGCGACCCAACGGUCACUCUCAAACCUCAUUUACGGGCGAAAGCCAGUGACAUACUGACAUCUCCGGACGUUGGGCUACUCAAACUAGCCUCACCGGAGCUGGAACAACUCAUCAUCCAGUCCAGCAACGGCCUAAUAACCACAACGCCGACUCCGACACAGUUCCUCUGCCCAAAAAACGUGACUGACGCGCAGGAGGGAUUCGCAGAGGGUUUCGUUCGUGCUUUAGCGGAACUCCACCACCAACACAUGCCCAACGUGCCCAGUGUUAGUGUAAGCUCAGCUCCGCAGCCCAGUGUAAACACCCUGCCGCCUGUAUCAUCUGUGGCGAGCGCAGUUGCCUAUAACAACAACGUAGCCAUGCGCUCUGAUUCACCCGUCUACGAGGACCUGAGCACAUUUAACCCGGCGAUCAGCACCAACUCCGCCCCGAGUUACACAACUUCAGCUCCAACUAUGUCCUUCUCAGCUGCCCCGCCGCAGCUCCCUCUGUACGGCCAGUCUACUGCCGCUAUUCCCCGACUGGCAGCGCUUAAAGAGGAGCCUCAAACUGUCCCAGAGAUGCCUGGAGAGACCCCCCCUCUGUCCCCGAUUGACAUGGAAAACCAAGAGCGCAUCAAAGCGGAGAGAAAGAGGAUGCGGAAUCGGAUCGCGGCUUCCAAAUGCAGGAAAAGGAAGCUGGAAAGAAUCUCCCGGCUCGAGGACAAAGUAAAGAACCUGAAAUCUCAAAACUCUGAUCUCGCGUCCACGGCCAACAUGCUGCGCGAGCAGGUGGCCCAGCUGAAGCAGAAGGUGAUGAACCACGUCAACAGCGGGUGCCAGCUCAUGCUUACGCAGCAACUUCAGACAUUCUGAAGGGAGGACAAAAGGGGCAACAGACUGUAACAGAAAUUGAACGAAAGGACAUCGUUUGAUAGCGAGGUUGUAUCUACCGCACCAUUGGUUGUAGGAC